GAUGGAGAAAUCGCACAAGCCAUGAUAUGUUCAAAAGGUGCUUCCAUGGUUCGCUGAGAAAUGGGGCAGGCCGCAGCUUUCGCCCCCUGCGUGACACGGGUGAAGGGUGACAAUGGCUCUCAAGAUCCACAGCAGCUCGCGGUGUCUUUGGCGAAAGUCGAGAAGCUGUUGCUCGAUACAGAGACCCUACAGCGGGAGUGUGAUGCACACUUUCGCAGAGCUGGGCUGGAUGCCCAUGGGACAAUGAGGCGAGUAGAGCUGCGGCGAUUGCUGUGGACCUUCGCACAUUCUUUGGGCUCAACUGAGUUGACAUGGGAAGCCAUUGAGGCCUUUGCGGUGACUGGCACCCUGGAAGCAAACGUCCCAGUGGUGACCAAAGAGGAGUUUUUCAGGUGUGUCACCAAGACAGUGCACCUGGUUGCCAGUGAACUGCGCAGAAAGCUGCAGGAGGUGGAAAACAAGUUGCGACCACUUCCACGAAGACCACCUGAGAGAGCUCCAGAGCAGAGUGGACCUACCCCAAAGACACCGGGCAGGCACUCAAGCCCUUGGGCGGCUAUGGCAGAAUUGAGCGGCAGCGAAGAAGAGUCUCCAAUCUCUUCGCCCAGAUCGUUAAAUGGCCCCGAGGCUGUGCUGCAGGAUGCCAUCUUCAGACCAGCCCCAUGUGGCCCAUGUGGCCCAUGUGCUCCACCGGAGGAGAAACAUCCUGGUCCUGUAGCACAUGAAGCCAACAAACGCCCUGUGGAGGCUGAUGAAACUGAGCCUGAAGCUGAAUCCUUCUUUCGGCCAGCUCCAGAGCCACAGGCGCCUCACGUCAAAUCGAACAAUGACAUGAUUGUGUUGGUGCUAAGCAGCGAGGGCAAUUUUGAUCCUCAACGUUUGGCUUUGGAGAGUGGCUCUUUGCUUCUGGGCCCAAUGGAGGAGGCCAAUGGCGAUUUGUCAUCAUUUUUUGGGGUCAGCGACAAUCGAACUGUCUUCGAUUUGUCCUUCCUUGAAAUGCUGCUGAGAGGUUCAGCAAUUGCGCGAAGUCCAGCUGCGAGGAUGAUUCCAGGUGUUGUUUGGAAGACUCCGGAGUCCGUUGCUCGCACUGUGAUGCUGUGCUUUCCCGAAGGAUCAGCUCUCUGCAUGUGGUUUCAGGAGACAGAGCACUGCGCUGCUUGCUGCAAAGCCAUACUUGAGGAGGCACUCGCUUCUGGUGCUCAACCUUGCUGCGACGGGCUUGACCUGCCAUCGAAGGAUCCUGGAGCAUAGAUCAUUUUCCGAGUUCUGCAGGAAGCGCAGGAGGGAAGAUACAAUGCCGUGG